UGUGUGUGUCUGUUUGUAUGCGUGUGUUAAAGGGGGUUGAAAGGGGAACAGCAGAAGGAGGGGGCACCGGGAAAAGAGAGCGAAAAAAUAGGAGAGGCAGAAAAGGAGAGCGAGCCAGAAAGAGAGAGAGAGAAGGGGGGGCUUGACAGAGAUUCCCAAUCCAGAAUUCCUUCUGUCCUCCAUCCAUCCCCUGCAUCACCGCUCUCCGCUCCAUCCUUCACUUGCCGUCGAGCGACUGUACUGGAAAAUACAGCAUCCCGGGAGGGAGGGGGGAAGAAGAGGGUUAACGAGGAGAGAGAAGAGAAAAAAGAAGACGAAAAGAGGCAGAAAAUAAAGCCGAAAGCAGAAGACGGACAGGCGCCGAGAGCAGAGAAGGACUAAAAAAUGAAGACGCCACUUCAGAGGGUGAUCCUGGCCGGCGUGGUGGUCGCCGUCAUGCUGACACAAGUUCUCCUGGUUGAAUGCUCGGAGUUUGUCCCUCCAGAUGGUAAUUACACAGCCUGUCAAGGGGAUAACGUCACUCUCAGUUGUUCCAUUGAUGACCAAGUGACGCGAGUGGCCUGGCUCAACCGGUCCAACAUCCUGUAUGCGGGCAAUGACAAAUGGUCCAUAGACCCUCGUGUCCAACUCCUGAACUACAACAAGACUGAAUUCAGCAUUGUGAUUACCCAACUGGAUGUGGCAGAUGAAGGUUUAUAUACCUGCUCCUACCAGACCCAGGAUAAGCCCCAUACUACACAGGCCUUUCUCAUAGUACAAGUUCCGGCCAGAAUCGUGAACAUCUCCGCCAGCAUCACCGUCAACGAGGGAAGUAACGUCAACCUCAUGUGUCUGGCGGUGGGAAAACCGGAACCGACCGUGACCUGGAAGCAGCUGAGAGAAGGGUUUUCCAGCGAGGGCGAACUCUUGGAGAUUACAGAAAUCAACCGACAGCAGGCGGGAGAGUACGAGUGCAUCACAUCCAAUGGAGUGUCCCUGCCCGACAGCAAGAAAGUGAUGAUCACGGUCAACUACCCCCCAUUCAUCACCGAUGUUAAGAACGCUCAGUCUCCCGUCGGGAAGCCAGCCGUGCUUCGCUGCCAAGCGUUGGCCGAACCCGUGGCAGAGUUUGAAUGGUAUAAAGAUGAUAAGCGACUGAAUGCAGGAAUAGAAGGUAUGAAGAUCCAGAACGAGAGGACUUGGUCCGUGCUUCUGUUUUCAAAUGUCACCUCCAGGCAUUACGGGAAUUACACAUGCCUGGCAUCCAAUAAACUCGGCUCAUAUAAUUCCAGCGUGCGACUACUCAACCCCCCAUUCAUCACCGAUGUUAAGAACGCUCAGUCUCCCGUCGGGAAGCCAGCCGUGCUUCGCUGCCAAGCGUUGGCCGAACCCGUGGCAGAGUUUGAAUGGUAUAAAGAUGAUAAGCGACUGAAUGCAGGAAUAGAAGGUAUGAAGAUCCAGAACGAGAGGACUUGGUCCGUGCUUCUGUUUUCAAAUGUCACCUCCAGGCAUUACGGGAAUUACACAUGCCUGGCAUCCAAUAAACUCGGCUCAUAUAAUUCCAGCGUGCGACUACUCAAACCCGGUUCCGCCCCCAACCACAGCGCGACGUACACGGUAUCGCCUCUCCUCCUCGCCCUCGUCUCUUUCACGUUAGCCUCCAUCUUACGUACAAUCUAAAUUAGAGAAGAAGCAGAAGAAAAAAAUAUAAAUUCUGGAAAUUAUUCUCGAGACGGGCCGUGAAAGAAUAUUAAACAAAAACAACAAAACAAAAAUUUACAUUGCGACAAAAUACAAAAACAUUUAAAAAAAAAAAAACAACAAAACACAAAAAUUUUCAUUUUUUUUUUUCUAGAUGGAAUCCAACACUGUGAGGGAACAAAUUAUGCAUUUAAAAAAUAAAAAUAAAAAACAAGGUGUCAUUGACUUUCUGCACCAGGAAAGAGAGAGGUGGAUUUUACCAGUGACUUCAAGUGGGUCAAUAAAAAAAAAUGGAAAAAGGAGGCUUUCCCCCCCACCCCCAAGAGCGAGAAGACAGUGAUUGCCGAUCGAGAUGAACCUCAUUAGUGUUUUAGAAGACGUUUUAAAUUUACAAUUUUGCCCCUUGCGGCACUGAAGAGACUGCAACCAUCUUCAGCUCUGGGAGGGCAGAAGUCUUAAGUGUAGUUGCCCAAUGUACCUCAUUCCUGGUCAUGAAUGGAUCUUCUCCAGCCACCCUAGUCCAUGUCCCCUGCCUGACCUUGUGUUGCCAUCGCCGUGUACAUGACCCACCCAACCCCUCGCCAAACCAACGCCAAUACUUCCAGUGGAGUACGUGUGGAAUUUAUACCCUAUUUUAGCCACCGCGGUGGACAUCUCAACUCAAGAGAACAUGAAAGUACAGUAGAUGUCCUACUGGAUAAGGGUCUUCUCCAUUAUUUCCAGGAAGACCCUCCGCAGCUUCGCACUACAACAAGUUGGAUCAAAUUAAGACUUAGCGGAUGAUCCUCCAAAACACGUGGACAUGACUAGAGCAACGGAUCCCCCGUUAGACCAUGGAGAACCACAACCAUUGGUUGGGUGAUGGGUGUCCCACCAUAUCAGGGACAGCAGGGAGAGUAUGCAACUAGAAACUAAACUAGGAAAACCUUGAGAUACGUAAAGGGGGCAACGCACAGUCCCUUCUAGUUCCAUAUGCCUGUCAUUCAUCACCGGUGUCUGUGACAUUCUUGUGGGUAUUAUACAGACCCUACGCCCCCUUUUAUAGACGAAAAAAGAAGGGGAUCAAAGGGCCUUGAGUAUUGUCUGACUGUUAGCUGUCUGUCUGCAUGGUCCUAUCACUGAUUGCAAGCCCCCGGGCCCACCCUUACUCCCCACCGCGUUAUGCUGACAUUGGAAUGGACUCAACCUGUUAAUGUUCGUACUUUGCACUGUGUGGAGAUCGAAGGGGCUUAGGAUAGCAAAAUGAUCAAGCUUCUGUUGUCCAUUUUAUUUUUUUGUGUAAUUCCCUGCCGAAAAAAAGUUGGUGGUUCCCCUCACACCCCUAAAUUCUUAAAAAAUGUGGGCCUGCCCCGAGCGUGUCUUUGUCCCGGCGUCUGUUCGUCCCAUUCACCUCUUCAUCACUGAUACAAAGGAGGCCGAUGAGCUUCACACGGCCCCAAGAGCUUCCAAGGUGUGCGUCUAAGCAAUGCAUUCGGGGAUUUCACCUUCUAUGUUCCUGCGUGCGUGGGGGAGGGGCGUCUUAUGGCUCAACGUUGGAAAUUCUAGGCAUAUUUUUAUUUUUUUCAUUUAGCUGGAAUUUUUGAUUUUUUUUGCAAAAUGAUACAAAAAAAAAUACUUGUGAAUAUCGGCAACAAAUGUAUAAAGUGUUAUAAUAUAACAGAGAGAAAACUCUA